GAUGUGUUCAGCUAUCACAGGCAGCGCUGUGUUUGCCUUGUCGUGUAGAUAGUGAUAUGUAAAAAUUGGGAACUGCGCUGUACGAUCUCUCGACUCUCAGUCAUGUUUGUUAGCUUGUGAAAAGUUUUAGAUCGUGAGGAAUUUCUGUGGAUUAUAAAGAGGAAAUAAAUGUGUGACGCGUGGAUUACCUGGCUAAUCAGAUGGACGGUGGCGAUUCCUAGGAUCUAGCUCACUAUUUUUUCCUUAUGGACACUCACGGGGAUUAUUCACCGUUGGACAGGUCGAGAUUACUAGCCUCUGGCCUGGAUAAUGGCGCCGGCGGGAGCGGGGGGAGCAACGGCCCGGGCGGUGGCAGCGUGCACCCCACGGUCAGCGAGCUGGCCGGUCGCGCCGCCACCCCCACGGCGGCCCUCAGCACCCUCGCUGCCCAGUAUCACAGCAGAUUUGGAUUACCUCCUGCCAUGCCUGGAGGUAAUUACUCAUUAAUGGGCGGCUUCCUUAGCGAGGCUCACAGCACGGACGGUAGGAAAGCCUUGCUCCCCGACCUACACCAAUAUUGGGGUGCCCAUACUCAAAAUUUCCCCAGGUACCUGAUGACCAGCGGCCUCUACCCCAGCUACCCGCCCCUGUUUCCCGGCGAGCCCCUGUCCCUGCUGGGCAGCGGCAUGCCGGGCACGUCAGGACCGUCGCAUCCGGCGGCGCACUACCAGCGGCUGCUCGAGCUACAGAAAGACGCCUACCUGGCCUCUAUGUCUGCCGCCUCAGCCCACCACCCCGGACUCUACAUCAACCCACCUGGUCUCGCACCGUAUCUGGACCAGGUGCCCAGCACCACGCCCUUAAGUCUGGUCAAACAGGAGCCCAAAGAGUCGUCCGAGAAGUCGAGCAAGGUCCAGGAGCGCCGGUCUUCGGGGUUCAAGGUUGACCUGGACUCUGGUCGACCUUCCAGCGGUUCCCAGGCGACGUUACUCAGGGAACCGAAGCUCUCGCCCUCGCUAGCGACCUCGGGCAACAAGAAAUCGUCGAGCUCCAGCCAGUUGAAGAAAUCCAACUCUGUGACUUCCGUGGGUUCGAACCCGCGACAUCAGCUGGAGGCGUCGUCCCGUGCCAAAUGUACGAGCCCGGCGAGCAACACGUCAUCGCCGGCGCCGUCUCGGAGUUCGAACAUCGCCAACGGGAACUCCCGAAAAAACAGAAACACAAAACCAACAAAGACGGUGACCGAGCCGCCCCACGGUGGGGGUCCGGCUCCCGAGACCCCCGUGCCGGAGGCCGCGCCCAUUCCCCUGGCGUCGCUCCAGCACGACGGGCUCGUCCUCUCCGCGCUGGCGUCUCCGUCGUCGGCGGCUGCGUCGGCGGCGACGAGCAAACCGGCGCAGCAGCACGCGGCCACCCCGGUAUCGGAUUCUAAAAACAGCUCAGGCGUACCUUACCCGGACACUGACCACUCGGAGGAUAAUUCCGACAUAGUGGUGGACUCUACGGAAAAUGACGAAGUGACCCGAGCGGAAACGACGACCAAGUCGGAAACCGACGCCGUGGCGGAGACCAUUGAGCACGUGGCCUCGCACGCCGAAGCGGAUCGGGAUACGCCUCGCGCGACGACGACGACGUCACACCACCAGCAGGCGGUGACGUCAUCGGCGGUGCAUCCUCGACCGGAAGCGCCGUGCGCGGCGACGACAUGCGUCCCGACGUCAGGGACGAGGACGGUGUACGCCAAGACGCAACCCGUGCCUUCGGUGACAGCUUCCGGUACCCCAGGCUCCGUGUCCAGCACCAUCACCACACAAACCACCGCCUCGGCCCUACCCUACUACCACACGCUCUACUCCAAGCCGCAGGGGGUCAAGAAGGUGCACGCGACCACCUUCGUCCCAGAGGUCGGCGUCUUCAGGGGUCCUACCUUCAAGGUCAUUCACAAAAACUCCACACCCCUGCCGGCGGUCGGACCGGCGGACGACCGGAACCGGACCGAGAUCAGACCGGCGUCUGACGGACGUCAUCGCUCACGGGACUGCACACCUUCUCCUUACCUGCUGUCGCCGUCGCGCGAGCUGACCAACACGUGCAGCCCGGCCAACACGGCGGUGGAGAUCUCGUCCAGUCUGGACACGGCCAGCCUCGACUCGGCCAGCGUCCGGUCCCCAGUCGGCCGCCAGCGUCCAUUCAGGACGAGAUGA